AUGUUGCAUCCUUCUGCUUUAGCAAUUAUUGCCGUACGAAACGACUACAUUGUGCCGGAGAGCAUUAUUUACUACAACAAUGAUGAGCUGUACAAAGCGCUUCAUGACCAUCUGAAGAGUGUGGAGCCGAUUUUUGCGGAGAUGUCGAUUGCGAUCAAAUACUAUCCACGAGCAAGCAACUGUCAAAAGCGUAGACGAAUAUUUGCGGAGAUGGCAACCAAUCCCGAAAGGGCAGUCAGACUGUGA